CCGGCAUGGCGGCCGCCACGCUCCCCGCGGGGCUGGUCCUGCAGCCGGGGGCCAGGACCCUGCGUGCCUUCUGCACCUCCGUGACUCCGGCCGCUCGCUCUGCGAUACCAAGCCCGCGUACAGCAAACAGAACAUCCAGACAUGAAAGACCACUGAGAAGGAAGGCGCUACCUCCUAGGACGGAGAAAAUGACUGUUGACCAAGACUGGCCUAGUGUUUAUCCUGUUGCAGCACCGUUUAAACCCUCUGCUGUACCUCUUCCCAUUCGAAUGGGUUAUCCAGUAAAAAGGGGGGUCCCCAUGGCAAAGGAGGGAAAUCUAGAACUUCUAAAGAUCCCUAAUUUUCUACAUUUGACUCCUGUAGCAAUUAAAAAGCACUGUGAAGCUCUUAAAGAUUUCUGCACUGAGUGGCCAGCUGCGCUGGACAGUGAUGAGAAAUGCGAGAAGCAUUUUCCCAUUGAAAUUGACACAGCUGAUUAUGUUUCAGCAGGACCAUCUAUUCGAAACCCCAAAGCACGAGUAGUAACCUUAAGGGUUAAACUUUCUAGUUUGAAUUUAGAUGAUCAUGCAAAGAAGAAACUUAUUAAACUUGUGGGAGAGCGAUACUGCAAGACAACAGAUGUGCUUACCAUCACAACAGACAGAUGCCCUUUAAAGAGACAGAAUUAUGAUUAUGCAAUGUAUCUGCUAACAGUUUUAUACCAUGAGUCUUGGAAAACUGAAGAAUGGGAGAAAGAUAAGACUGAAGCAGACAUGGAAGAGUAUAUAUGGGAAAAUAGCUCCUCUGAAAAAAAUAUCCUACAAACACUUCUCCAAAUGAAAGCUGCUGAGAAAAAUCUGGAAAUAAAUGAAGAAGAGCUCCUUGGUACAAAGGAAGUUGAAGAUUACAAAAAGUCUGUUGUUAGCCUUAAGAACAAGGGGGACAAUGAAAAUACACUUUCUCAGUACAAAGAAUCAGUGAAGAAACUAUUAAAUCUAAUGUGAUUUAUGUAGAAAAAU